GAAUCGCUCUUUUCACCCAAGAGUUGACGUUUGAAGUCCUUGUUCGAGGUGGCGACCAGAGGCGGAGCUGCAGCGUUUCCAGUGCUUUCCAUCGCGCGAUACUGACAGCGACAUCUUGCCUAUUCGACUCACCCUCCCUUGCAACAGUCUACUUCGCAUAAUUCCGAAAUCUACAGACCUACCAUAAUCAUGUCUCUUCAUCGAUAUGUCGUUCCGCCUCCCCUCGCACUGGCAAUCGAGCCCGCUCCACCUCCCAAGCCUCAUAAGGACCACAAGCCUGACUCUAAGGAUUCCAAGGAUCCUCAGAAGGACGACAAACCAGCUGCAGCCGGUAAGGCGGGAGGCACAAAUGAUGAGGACAAGCACAAGAACCAGAUUGCAGAGGCUGGCGUCAAGGCGGGAGAUAUUGACAAAGAGGAAAAGCCCAAGGCUCCUCUGCAGACACCGACGCCGGAAGAUUCUCCCGUUGUUCCUCCUUCACCAGGCUCAAUGAUUCCUGAGCCCGGUACUCCCAGGCUGGGUGCCGAGCCGCCCAAAGAUGUAGCGCCUGUCCCCGGGCCGAGGGAGGCAGUCAAGCCUGCUGGCCAACAGGAGAUGCCAAAAGAUCGCCUGUCCGAGGAGGUCAAGAGUCCUACCACAGAAGAUCAGCAAGAGGUCGAACAGCAUAUCAAAGUCGAGCCUUUGUGGUUACUUACACCUGCACCCCAUCGACCUCUUCGGACCCGUCUCCAGCUCAAUCCCGACAAACCAUACCCUCCGAUCAACACUGAUCCGCGCGGCGCUUACUUCAAGUACGCUCGCGGAGUUCAAGCUGAAUGGAUUUUGAUCGACGUGACGAAGGAUGGUUGGCUAGUCGAUCAGUGGCGCGAGAAGCCAGAACGAGAGGCUUUGGCAAGGUUGAAAGGCGAAGCUGACAAGCAAAGAGACCGAGAGGUCGAGGCGCUUGAAAGGAGGAGCAAGAUUCGGCAGGUGCCGAAGACUAGCGAGGAGAUCCUUCUUCAUCUAUGGAAUGAUUUAGCAGAGGCGCCAAGCUACGAAGUGGGCAGUCCCGCUGGUGAACAGGUGACUAACAAAUGAUAUCAGAUCGUGGCGGACGAAUUCUGGGCACGAUAUGACUGGAACGAUCCGGACGCUGCCCUUCAUCAGGAAGACAUCAAGCGACCACUGACGAAGGAGCAGAGGUCCAAGCUCUCUGCCAGCCCAAAAGAGGGUGACGAAGAUGAUAUCGAAGCGAAA